AAAAUACCUAACAUAGUCUCGAUUGGAUUAAAAUUCAGUUUCUAACUCCACCUCUUUAGAUUCCUUCUUCCUCUUUCUUUUGACUUUCUAACUAUCGCUGAAAUUACAGAACUAAAAAGACUUUCCUGUUUUAAAUUGAAAGAAUCCCAAAAUGGAAAUCUCUCUCUCUUCUUCUCUUGUACUACCUUCAUUUCCAUGCCUUUUUCCUCUUCUUUUCCCUUCUUCUCUUCCCCUUUCCCUCCUCGACCUUCCCUAGCCUUUUUCAAUUUCUAGAAUAUUCUUUUCUUUGUCUGUAAUUAUAUUUAGCUCAAUUUGUAUGAGAGAACAUAUGUAAGGCGGCUUUAUGUAAUGGAUAAUAGUAGGACUGCGUUUUCUGAUUCGAAUGACAUCAGCGGAAGCAGUAGUAUAUGCUGCAUCGGCGGCGGCAUGACGGAAUCAUUCUCGCCGGAAACUUCGCCGGCGGAGAUCACUUCACUGAAACGCCUCUCGGAAACAUUGGAAUCUAUCUUCGAUGCGGCUUCUCCGGAGUUUGACUACUUCGCCGACGCUAAGCUUGUGAUUCCCGGCGCCGGUAAGGAAAUUCCGGUGCACCGGUGCAUUUUGUCGGCGAGGAGUCCGUUUUUUAAGAAUUUGUUCUGCGGGAAAAAGGACAAGAAUAAUAGUAAGGUGGAAUUAAAGGAAGUGAUGAAAGAGUAUGAAGUAAGCUAUGAUGCUGUGGUGAGUGUUUUGGCCUAUUUGUAUAGUGGAAAAAUUAGGCCUUCACCAAAAGAUGUGUGUGUUUGUGUGGACAAUGACUGCUCUCAUGUGGCUUGUAGGCCAGCUGUAGCGUUCCUUGUUGAGAUUUUGUACACAUCUUUUACCUUUCAGAUCUCUGAAUUGGUCGACAAGUUUCAGAGACACUUACUGGAUAUUCUUGACAAAACUGCAGCAGACGAUGUAAUGGUGGUUUUAUCUGUUGCAAACAUUUGUGGUAAAGCAUGUGAGAGAUUGCUUUCAAGCUGCAUUGAGAUUAUUGUCAAGUCUAAUGUUGAUAUCAUAACCCUUGAUAAGGCCUUGCCUCAUGAUAUUGUAAAACAAAUUACCAAUUCACGAGCGGAACUUGGUCUACAAGGGCCUGAAAGCAAUGGUUUUCCUGAUAAACAUGUUAAGAGGAUACAUAGGGCAUUGGAUUCUGAUGAUGUUGAAUUACUACAGAUGUUGCUAAGAGAGGGGCAUACUACUCUAGAUGAUGCAUUUGCUCUCCAUUAUGCUGUAGCAUAUUGCGAUGCAAAGACUACAGCAGAACUUCUAGAUCUUGCACUUGCUGAUAUUAAUCAUCAAAAUUCAAGAGGAUACACGGUGCUGCAUGUUGCAGCUAUGAGGAAAGAGCCUAAAAUUAUAGUGUCCCUUUUAACCAAAGGAGCUAGACCUUCUGAUCUGACAUCCGAUGGCAGAAAAGCACUUCAAAUUGCCAAGAGGCUCACUAGGCUUGUGGAUUUCAGUAAGACUCCAGAGGAAGGAAAAUCUGCUUCGAAGGAUCGGUUAUGCAUUGAGAUUCUGGAGCAAGCAGAAAGAAGAGAUCCACUGCUAGGAGAAGCUUCUGUAUCUCUUGCUAUGGCGGGCGAUGAUUUGCGUAUGAAGCUGUUAUAUCUUGAAAAUAGAGUUGGCCUGGCUAAACUCCUUUUUCCAAUGGAAGCAAAAGUUGCAAUGGACAUUGCUCAAGUUGAUGGCACUUCUGAGUUCCCACUGGCUAGCAUCAGCAAAAAGAUGGUUAAUGCACAGAGGACAACGGUAGAUUUGAACGAGGUUCCUUUCAGGAUAAAAGAGGAGCACUUGAAUCGGCUUAGAGCACUCUCUAGAACUGUGGAACUUGGAAAACGCUUCUUUCCACGUUGUUCAGAAGUUCUAAACAAGAUCAUGGAUGCUGAUGACUUGUCUGAGAUAGCUUACAUGGGGAAUGAUACGGCAGAAGAGCGUCAACUGAAGAAGCAAAGGUACAUGGAACUUCAAGAAAUUCUGACUAAAGCAUUCACUGAGGAUAAAGAAGAAUUUGAUAAGACUAACAACAUUUCCUCAUCUUGUUCCUCUACAUCUAAGGGAGUAGAUAAGCCCAAUAAGCUCCCUUUUAGGAAAUAGGUAAUUGUAUUAGGAUAAUAUGAGGAAGAAGAGAAUUUUCUUGUAACAUAUCACUCUUUCCUUUCAUCAUUUUGAUAUGUCAACAUACAUACAACACUUGUAUCAUAAACUUGUAUUGUUCCACUUACAACUUUGAAGAACAGAAUUUAUUUGAUUGCGUUCCUAGUGUAUUACUAGUUGAGAA